UUCUGUGGAACACCAGACAUCAGCAUAAGGAUCAGAUAAGGAUCAGGAGAUCUCUCUCAUUCUCUCUCUCUCUCUCUCUCUCGUGUUUUAAUGUACCUGUAGAGCCCGGUGGUGUUGAGUCGCAGUGUUUGCACCUCGGAAAGCUCAUCUCUGCGCUCUCUAGAAUGUUGGGAGAAGUUUCAGGUUGAUGAUGAGACAGAAAUAAACUUUAUGCCUGAGCGCCUGGCCAGACUUGCGCUUUAUAUUUAGCUGCUGGACUUUUACACGAAGAGAAGAGAAAUUUCACUCGAAUAUUUGCGUGCAAACCAAACGGAUCCACAGGAACAGUGUGUGUCGUGUGUAAGUGUACUGCAGGGCCACAGGAGCCAGAAGAUCGGAUCAGAUACACUCCAGCGAUCAGGGACGAGAUCUGAUCUAAUCAACAGGAACGAGGGGGCUCUGCUGCGGUGACACGAGCGCGCGCACCCGGCUUCCUUCGGCCCACAGAGAACCAGGAAAAACACACACACCCUGACACACACACACACACACACACACACACACACACACACACACACACACACUUCUUGAACUGUGAUGGAAGUCUUCAGCCAGGCGACAGUGGAGGUGGGUGGAGAUCAUGCAGCCAGCAUGGCGGUGAUGGUGACGGACAGGUCGAACGUCCCAAGUCCAAGUCUGGUGUCCAAACAGCGCAGCCUGCGUGCAGUGUAUGUGCUGAAUGAUGGACUAAAAGCAGUGGCAGUGAACAGCCCCGAGUCAGGAGCGUUACAUUGCCUGCAGCGAGCAUGCGACGCCGAGAGUGCUAUCCUCACCACCGUCACAUUCGGCAGGCUGGACUUCGGUGAGACAUCGGUGCUGGACACCUUCUACGACGCAGACAUUGCAGUUGUGGACAUGAGUGAUGUUUUCCGGCAGCCGUCGCUCUUUUAUCAUCUGGGGGUCCGUGAGAGUUUCGACAUGGCCAACAACGUCAUCCUGUACCACGACACCGACCCCGACACGGCACAGUCUCUCAAGGAUAUGGUGGCACAGAAAAACACAGCCUCCAGUGGGAAUUAUUACUUCAUCCCAUACGUCAUGACGCCCAACAACGAGUACAUCUGCUGUGAGAAUGUGGCCCAGCGGCGGGCGUCGGAGUACAUGCAGCCCAGCUGGGACAAUCUGCUUGGACCCCUGUGUGUGCCGCUGGUGGACCGAUUCAUCAGCCUACUCAAAGACAUCCACGUCACGUCCUGUGCUUCUUUCAAAGACACGCUGCUGAAUGACAUCCGAAAAGCUCGAGACAAGUAUCAGGGCGAGGAACUGGCCAAGGAGCUGUCUCGAAUCAAACUGCGCAUCGACAACACGGAGGUUCUGACGCAGGACAUCGUCAUGAAUCUGCUCUUCUCCUACAGAGACAUACAGGAUUACGAUGCCAUGGUGAAACUGGUGCAGACUCUGGAGAUGUUGCCUACAUGUGACCUCGCCAAUCAACCCAUGAUCCAAUUCCACUACGCCUUUGCCCUCAACAGGUCAAACACACACGUGCGGAACAGUCCAGGUGACAGGGAGCAGGCUCUCCGUGUGAUGUUGCAAGUCUUGCAGUCAUGUGACCAACCCGCUCCGGACAUGUUCUGUUUGUGUGGUCGGAUCUAUAAGGACUUUUUCCUCGACUCAGAAUGUAAAGAUACAAAGAGCCGUGACAACGCCAUCCAGUGGUACAGGAAAGGAUUCGAGCUGCAGCCCACUCUGUACUCGGGCAUUAACCUGGCUGUGCUGCUCAUCGUCGCUGGACAGCAGUUUGAGAGCUCCAUUGAGCUCCGGAAGAUCGGAGUCCGGCUGAACAGUCUUCUCGGCAGGAAGGGCAGUUUGGAGAAGAUGAAUAAUUACUGGGACAUUGGUCAGUUCUUCACCGUUAGCAUGCUGGCUAACGACAUCCCUAAAGCCGUGCAGGCGGCUGAGAAACUCUUCAAACUCAAACCUCCAAUCUGGUACUUGCACUCGGUGGUGCAGAACCUGAAACUCAUCCAGCACUUUAAGAAGCAGAACACAGAACAUUCGGCUCAGAGAGAGAGACUCAACUUCUGGAUGGACAUCAUCGUAGAAGCGACGCAACAAACUACCAACAGCCUGCGUUUUCCGGUGUUGAUCCUGGAGCCUACUAAAGUGUAUCAGCCCUCGUACGUGUCCAUCAACAGCGAGGCGGAGGAGAAGAACGUCUCCAUAUGGCACGUUUCUCCUCCAGAGACGAAAGGAAUCCACGAGUGGAACUUCACAGCCUCAUCUAUUAAAGGAAUCAGCAUCUCCAAAUUUGAUGAGCGAUGCUGUUUCCUUUACGUCCAUGACAACUCUGAUGAUUUUCAGAUCUAUUUCUCCACUGAGGAGCAAUGUGGCAGGUUCUGGUCCAUGGUGAAGGAGUUGAUUUCAGAUGGAUCAGGAAAUGCGGUGGAGCUGGAGGGAGACGGAGAUGGAGACACGCUGGAGUACGAAUAUGACUACAAUGAGAACGGGGACCGGGUGGUGCUCGGGCGGGGCACGUAUGGAGUGGUGUACGCUGGGAGAGACCUGAGCAACCAGGUGCGCAUCGCCAUUAAGGAGAUCCCUGAGAAGGACAGCAGGUACUCGCAGCCACUGCAUGAGGAGAUUGCUCUGCACAAAUACCUCAAACACAGGAACAUCGUGCAGUACCUGGGUUCUGUGUCCGAGGACGGAUACAUCAAGAUCUUUAUGGAACAGGUUCCCGGGGGUAGUUUAUCAGUGUUGCUCCGGUCGAAGUGGGGUCCUCUAAAAGAAGCCACCAUCAUCUUCUACAUGCGUCAGAUCCUGGAAGGUCUGCGAUACCUGCACGAAAACCAGAUUGUUCAUCGAGAUAUCAAGGGAGACAACGUCUUGGUGAACACCUACAGUGGCAUUCUAAAGAUCUCCGACUUCGGCACAUCGAAGCGUUUAGCUGGAUUGAACCCCUGCACUGAGACAUUUACCGGGACUCUCCAGUACAUGGCUCCUGAGAUUAUUGAUAAAGGUCCUCGGGGUUACAGGGCACCAGCGGAUAUCUGGUCUCUCGGCUGUACGAUUAUAGAGAUGGCGACUGGAAAACCGCCAUUUCACGAGCUGGGCGAGCCACAGGCAGCCAUGUUUAAGGUGGGAAUGUUUAAAAUCCACCCCGAGAUUCCCGAAUCCCUUUCCCUGGAGGCCAAGUCCUUCAUCCUGCGCUGCUUCGAGCCCGAUCCCAGCAAGAGAACGACGGCUGGCGACCUGCUCAAGGAUCAGUUCUUACGCCACAACAUCAAGGGCAAGAAGAACAAAAUCGCUUUCAAGCCCUCAGAUUAUAUCCGCAGUGUGUCGCUGCCUGUGCAGUUGCAGGCCGAAGCCACUGGGAGCAGCAGCAGCGAGCCGGGCUCCGUGUCUCCGGACUCUGACUCCAAACACGAUGUCUUCUUCAAGAAAAACCAAUGUUCAGGCUCCGAGAACCUCAUCAAACCCACAACGAGCAGCUUCCUCAGUGUUCCUGAUGAAAGCCCGACGUCAGAGGACCGAACUUCUCCGGCCUCAUCUGAGAACAGCGACUCGGGACUGUUCCUGCUGAAGAAAGACAGUGAGAGACGAGCGAUCCUCUACAAAAUUCUGAACGAGGACCAGGACAAGGUCACGUCCAACCUCCUGGAGAACCACAUGCAGGGCAGCACGGAGGAGCUGAAGCUGUCUGUAGAUCACAUCAAACAGAUCAUCUGCAUACUGCGUGACUUCAUCCGCUCUCCUGAGCGCCGCGUCAUGGCCUCCACCAUCUCCAAGCUCAAACUGGACCUCGACUUUGACAGCACCUCCAUCAACCAGAUCCAACUGGUUCUGUUCGGCUUCCAGGACUCGGUGAAUAAAGUUCUGAGGAACCAUCACAUUAAACCCCACUGGAUGUUUGCGAUGGACAACAUCAUCAGACGAGCCGUCCAGGCUGCAGUCACUAUAUUAAUUCCAGAGCUGCAGACUCACUUUGGCCCGGCGUCUGAGAGUGAAGGAGCUGAGAAAGACGCUGACGACGUGGAAGUGGAGGACGGUGACUUCGGUGUCAUGGAGAACGUCGCUCCGGAGGACACAGGUCACAUCUCAGGGGUCAGCACCCUCAGCUCAGCCGUUUCCCAUGAUUCCCAGCGGCCUCAGCAUUCGCUCGGAGUACAGCUCACACACCUCAAACAGGAGACAAGCAGGCUCCUGGAGGAACUGGUGCAAAAGGAGAAAGAGUACCAGCAGGUUCUGAGGCAGACAAUCCAGCAGAGGACGCAAGACUUGGAGCUCUACAGACUGAAAAACCAGCCUGUGGCUAUGAAUUGCAGCAUCCUCUCUGUAGAAUCUCCUUCUCCCUCCAUCUUCCACAUCACUGCAGAGGCAGAUAAGGAGCUGACCAACUGGCUGAAGCAGCAGGGAGCAGAUUCAGAGACCAUCAGCAAGUUCGUGUCGGAGGAUUACACGCUAAACGAUCUUCUCAACGAUGUCACCAAAAAUGACUUGCAGUACAUGAGGCUGAGAGGCGGUGUGUUGUGUCGUAUCUGGAGAUCCAUCCAGAGGCACCGCAGUCAAGUGGAGAGGAGAUUACGGAGCGACGAUGAGACCUCUGAGGGAUGAGGGUGCCUUCUGAAGAACUUCUGAAUUGACCUCACACAUUAAAACACACACACAAACACACACACACACACACAACCCUAACACAUCCAAACAUGGAAAUAUUUUGCCACUGUUUUUCUGACUCACUCCACUGGUUCUUUCAUUGCCUUUUCAUCUCAAAUUUGCAUGCGAGGCCUUUCCCGCCACUUGGUCUGGACUUUUCCAUGACAUCCAUGAUGGAGAAAACUGUUCCUCUGACCUUCCUGAGGGAAAAUCCACUUCACUCUUCUGGAUGAGUGUAUGUUUGUGUUCUUGUUUUUCUCAUUGCUGUUAUUGGCACUUUUUAUUUUGUGAUGAUUGACUACUAAUCCUGUGAUGGGAUUGGCUGUCCUACUCAUGCAUUCCUCAUGCUUACUCUGAAUCCGGCACAUGUUCAGAGAGGCCACAUUGCUUAAUACAGUAACUUAAUGUGACGAAAGGGAACAUGAACACAUCUAUUUUUGUGUUUUGACACACAAGUCUGGACAAGUGCUCAGUAAAACAGAUUUACGAGCAUCACCAGGUUCUCUUCUUUCCUCUUCCCAUUGGACGGCUUCAUGGGUGAUAUUUAAACUUCUGUGCAAAUUCAGUGAUUGUAUCUAAAUGUUAAAUCAUAUUUAUUUGACUAUUAACCCUGAACAUUUCAAAUAAUUCAGAAUAUUCAAACAUGAGUGAAUAAAUCAAGCAAAAAUAAAUGAAUAUUUAAACAGACAGUUGAACGUUGUAGAGGUUCACUGCACUCAGACCAAUAAAAAAAUAAUAAAUACUAAAUUAUUUUCAGAUUAUGUCAAGAGCAAAGGUUUGUGCACUGUUAUGAUAAAUAAAUGUUUGUUCAUAAAAGUAAUAAUUAAAAAUAAUAUAUAAGUCUGAAUAAUAGUGAAAAACAAAUCAAAAUUUUUUUCAGUUCAAAAGUGUGCAAUGUUAGCUAAAUAUUUAUCUCAGGGGCACUAAAAAUUUUUCUCUGUUUUGGAUUGUUCCAGGAAAAUUCACAAUCAUUAAUUCUAUUUUGUUUGUAUAUUAUAAAUUAUAAUAUAGGGUUACAGUUCUAUGGUUUCCUUCCAACAACCUUGGGGGGCAAAAACCUUUGCAUGCCGCUCAGAUUGCAGUAUUCAAGGUUCUGAAGCUUGUGGCCAGAAACAUGAAAGAACUGUCAUGGAAAGGCCACAAAAUGGUAUCAGUUUAUCUGUUCAAAAGUUUGUGCCCCCUCUCCAUUUGAUGUUUAAGCAUUUCAUUUUGGUGAAAUUUUAAUUUUAAAAUCGAGGUGAAAUUUCUAUUUCCAAUUCCCAUUUUAAAAAUCUUUGGUGUGUACAAAAUUUUACAUCCAAUUUUAUGUUUUGUUUUAAAAAGCUUGUCCUGACAAAUGUAUAAACGAGUAAUUAGCAUCAAUUGGGUGGGUUCCGAACUAAAAGAUGACGAGUGCUAAGAAAUAAAAUUAAAACUUUAAAUUUAGAUGCCAUUUCAUUAAUUCGAAGCUUUUUAGUCCAUACUGAUAAACAGCCAGCAGAAGUAUAUUGAGGAGAAAGUCGUGCCAGUUGCAGAGAUGUAUAUUAUGUUAAUAUUUCUUUUUAUAUAAAGCAUACACUUUUCUAUGAAGUGACUAUUAGAAUUAGAAAGCAAUACAUAAAUAAAUUCAUAUUCACUAUAUUUCAUUUAUAAUUGAAUUACACUGGAGUAUAAAGAUUAAUUUAAAUUUUCACAAUUCAUAUUUUUAUAUUGUAAUAAUAUACACUAACAGUCAAAAGUAUAACACAGUUAUAGAAUAUUUAUUUUAUUUUUUUGAACACGCAGGGUUUUUUCUUUAAAGAUCCUGUAAAGGUUUAAUGUUGAAAAUGUUAUCGAAGACAAAUGUGUGAUAUCGAAGUAUACGUACGUAUUACAUGUACAUUCAUUUCUUAAUCAAAAUCAAUUUUUAAAGCAGAUUUUUCUGAAAAUUAAAUAAAUAAGUUUAAAAUUAAAUCAAUCAUCAGGAGCAGUGAGGAGCUCAGUUUAGAUUAAACUCUCCUAUGUGAAGCUCCUCGUGAAACUGGAUGAAAAAAUUUAAAAUGUAAUUGCUUGAAUAUGUUUAAUAUUUUUCUGCGUUACACCAUCAUUCCACACAUUAUUUCCUGGUGUUCAUGUUGUCAUCCAUCCAUCCAUUAUCUGUAGCUGCUUAUCCUGUUCUACAGGGUCGCAGGCAAGCUGGAGCCUAUCCCAGCUGACUAUGGGCGAGAGGCGGGGUACACCCUGGACAAGUCACCAGGCCAUCGUAGUCAUGUUGUCAUUAUUAUUCUAAAAUAGUGCGAAUUAAGAUGAUAGUACAGUAGAAAAACUAAGAAGGGGUGCACAAACUUUUGACUUGUGGUGUGUUUAGAGCUCUGAUCUGUUGUUCCAGGCUGAAACUUUCUCACUUUACGGACGUGAGAAAGUUUCACAAAAAAUUUUUUUAACUUUUAAUUCAGAUCAUUUUUGACAUGAAACUAAAUAUCAGCAGAAGCAGCAAGAAAAUUUAAAAUAUUUCACUCUGCAAUGAAAACGGUUCCAACAUUCCUGAAAAAUGAAUACAGUCUGGUGGCACGGUGGUGUAGUGGUUAGCGCUGUCGCCUCACAACAAGAAGGUCCAGGUUCGAGCCCCGUGGCUGGCAAGGGCCUUUCUGUGUGGAGUUUGCAUGUUCUCCCCGUGUCCGCGUGGGUUUCCUCCGGGUGCUCCGGUUUCCCCCACAGUCCAAAGACAUGCAGGUUAGGUUAACUGGUGGCUCUAAAUUGACCGUAGGUGUGAAUGUGAGUGUGAAUGGUUGUCUGUGUCUAUGUGUCAGCCCUGUGAUGACCUGGCGACUUGUCCAGGGUGUACCCCGCCUUUCGCCUGUAGUCAGCUGGGAUAGGCUCCAGCUUGCCUGCAACCCUGUAGAACAGGAUAAAGCGGCUAGAGAUAAUGAGAUGAGAUGAAUACAGUCUCCAUCUUGUCACACACCCAAGUUCACUAGAACUCUCUCAGGCUCUGCCUCAUUGUAAAGGGGUGUGUGUGAGUGACAGUGACAGAGAGUGAAAUUAAUAGAUGUGCGUGUCUAAAACAUCCACCAGAAAUAUGUGGUUUGGGUGGAUUUUGUUGAUUGCAUUUCAUUUCUGAAUGAGUGAAAGGGAACAUGUUUGUGGAGUAAAUUAAUACCACUGAAGGACAGAUAUUAAACUUGUGGAAGUGCACAAACAUUUACUGAAAUGAAACCCAUCCAUCCCUUAUCUGUAGCCACUUAUCCUGUUCUACAGGGUCGCAGGCAAGCUGGAGCCUAUCCCAGCUGACUAUGGGUGAGAGGUGGGGUACACCCUGGACAAGUCGCCAGGGCUGACACAUAGACAAACAACAAUUCACACCUACGGUCAAUUUAGAGCCACCAAUUAGCCUAACCUGCAUGCCUUUGGGGGAAACCGGAGCACCCGGAGGAAACCCACAGACACAGGGAGAGCAUGCAAACUCCACACAGAAAGGCCCUCGUCAACCGCUGGGCUCGAACCCAGGACCUUUUUGCUGUGAGGCGACAGCACUAACCACUACACCACCGUGCCAUCCUGAAAUGAAACCAUUUUGUAAUAACGAGAAUUUCUCAGUUAGGGUUUAAUAUCAUGUCGUUCUGCAAGACCAUCUGAACUUGUGAUAGCUUUCAAAAACAAUUUGUACCCACAGAAAUCUCUUACACGUCGACAUGUGACGAGAAAUUAAAGAAUUCUUCUUUGUGACUCGAUCAAGACUGCAAUUAAUCCACUAACAAACUGCAUGCACCCUUUUCUGAACUACAAUUGAAAUAAUCCGAUACACAAACUUAGAAAUUUUCACAGGAAAAGACGUUAGUCAUAACUCCGCCUCCCAGGUGAACUUUGACCAAUCAUAUUCUUUCAUUCAUUCAUUUGACAGACAAGUUCAACUUUUCAACUUGUGGUUAAAUGACUGUGUUGAAUUUUUUGUAAUGUGAUUUAGACCAAGUAAACGUGUGUGUUUGUGUCCCCUCCAGAUUUCUCUCAUGAAGUGUUUUAGUGAAUUGGAAAACUUAGGAAUCUGUGCACUAGUUUGAUUUAACUGUGUGUGUGGGUGAGUGAGUAUGACUCACUCAAAGGUGUUUAUCAGGGUUUGUGUAGAACGUGGAAUGGUUUUGUAUGAAACUGUGGAAAUCUUUUCCGUAUUAACUGAAGAAUUUUGACUAAAACACAGAAUACGUUAAGCAUGUGGCCAACUUUCAUCUUUAGUGUUCAGUUAGUUGUGUUGGUGAAAUCCCAAAUUUCCUAAAAAUGUGAAUUUCCUAACAGUUAUCCCAAACUGGAGAGAUUGUGAUGUUACUGUGAUGUUUCACUGUUGCAAAACUUUGUUCUUUAAAUAAACACUUUAAGGCACAGAA